AAUAUAAGCUCUUUGCUUUCUUCACAUUAUUGUAUGCUGCCUCGGUCAUAUUCUGAUAAAAUAACGCGGUUGAAACGUGUUACAUGUCUACAGUUUGACAACAGGCCAGCUGUCCCGAAAACAACUGAGAUGGCUGCGAUCAGAAAGAAGCUGGUGAUAGUCGGUGAUGGAGCCUGUGGUAAAACCUGUCUCCUCAUAGUCUUCAGUAAGGAUCAGUUUCCUGAGGUUUAUGUGCCCACUGUGUUUGAGAACUAUGUGGCAGACAUUGAGGUCGAUGGUAAACAGGUGGAGCUGGCUCUGUGGGACACAGCUGGUCAGGAGGACUACGACCGACUGAGGCCACUCUCUUAUCCGGACACAGAUGUCAUCCUUAUGUGUUUCUCCAUUGACAGCCCUGAUAGUUUAGAGAAUAUUCCAGAGAAGUGGACUCCUGAGGUCAAGCAUUUUUGCCCCAAUGUGCCAAUCAUUCUCGUGGGAAACAAGAAAGAUCUACGGAAUGAUGAGCAUACACGUCGAGAGUUAGCCAAGAUGAAGCAGGAACCAGUGAAGUCUGAGGAGGCUCGAGACAUGGCAAACCGCAUCAAUGCCUUUGGUUACCUGGAGUGCUCGGCCAAGACGAAGGACGGCGUGAGAGAGGUGUUCGAAAUGGCCACCAGGGCCGCGCUGCAGGCCAAGAGACGAGGCAAGAAGAGCCCCUGCGUUCUUCUAUAGAUUGUCAGGCAGGUAAAAUUGGAGAAAUUAAAACAAAGGCCAAGACAAAAAAAAACAUGCCUUCACUGUGUCUGUCGUCACCAUAGUGGCCACAGUGACUAGAGGGAUUAAAGUCUUAAAUGGGCUUAGUGAAAAAAAAAGGAAAAAGUCAGACACAGUCGAAACAGGAAAAUAUAUACUUUAAGUUUAAGGUUAUAGCUUCUAGCUUUCAAAUAGAAAUACUGUACUCUUGUGUUUAGAAUUCAUUAAAGCUUAAGUGAAGAGAACAUGAAGAGAACAUUUUCUCUUUCUCAGUUAUUUGAAUUGGGAACAGUACUCUCCUCUCCCCUCAGUUUGUACUGGAGUUCAGAGGCCACACAUGUUAUUCCUGACUAACUAACUGUUGGAACUGCUCCACAGCUUGCAGUGUAUCAGUUUAUGCUCUAACAUUCUUAACAUGUUUCAUUUUCCUUUAUUGCUCAUAGUUUUGACCAAACUAACGUUGCGCAGACCUGCUUUGAACCUUUACAUUCUUAAUAUACUUUAAUUAAAAAGUGUGAUGAUUUCUUGCAGCUGAGUAAAAGUGAUUGAGAUUAAUAUUUCUUACAUGUAAGUUAGUACAAGUUGAGUGAGGUGGUUGAAAUAAUUGUGAGUGGCUGCUUAGAGGUUGGACAUAAAUGUUAAGAACAUUUUUUGUCGUGUUGAGGGUGAGUUCUGAAACAGAAGAGGGAAGCUCAGGAGACUUGACCUUAUAAUCAGUAUAUUUUAAUUAAAAAAAACACUUUGCUUUGUCAAAUUAGUUCAUCGAUACAAACUGGUGUAUUCCUAAUACAGACUUUUUUUUAGCCUCACUUUUUUAUAUAUAUAAUACUUUUUUCUAACACUGCAGUCCAUAUUCAGGUUUCUUUAUUGGACAUAAACAUGGUUGUCAGCUGAAUUCUACUUCCUUGACAGUAAAAAGCCUAACGUCCUAUUGAGCCAUGACAUUUUAUUUUUUAGGACUCAUCAGUGCUAACUAACUUAGCAGAUUUAAACAAAGCAAAAAUCAUUGUAGUUCAUACCCAGAGUUGUUUAAUGUUUCAAUUGCACAAGCCACAGUUUCAAAAUAUUAGGUGCAGUACCACUGCUGGCCAACAGAGUAGUAUGGUUCCGUAAACAUCCACGAAAACGGCAUAGGUUUGUCCCUGCCCUAGUUUUUUUUUUUUAACUAAAGAGGUGGAGUUAAAAAACUUGUCAGAGGUUGGGACCUGGCUCAGACAGUGAGAACAGAUGGUUUAAAACUAACAUACAUUAUUUACACAAGUCCAGGUUUUUGGACUUUUUUAUGUGUUGCAUUUAUCAUCUUUAAAUGUGUUAAUGGAGAAAACAGUGGCAAAGAGGCUGUAAACAGUAGUUAUGUUGUAGACAUGACAUGUUUAAAUGAGCAUUAUCAGAUGUCAUUUACACUGAAACCAUAUUAAAUUCACCACAGUGCUAAAUUCAGCCCAACCUACACAGUUUCUAACCCCCUGCUCUAGUGUGGGUUUUUGCCACUCUCUCUUUCCAAUUAUGGAAUUUCCUUCUCUCGCUUUUUCUCUGUGUCGUAUUUAACUUUUUGUGAUAUUCUACUGGCUUACGUUGUAUUAUUUGCACACAACUUCAAAUCAAAAGGUCAGUGUGGUAUAUAUGAACAAUAUAUAUACAUAUAUAAUUAAAUAUAUGUAUAUAUAUUUACUUGAUGAAAGUACGUAUAUGAUGUCAGAAGACGAGAUGCAAAAUGCAAAAAGCUCCUCCUUAAGGAUUGGUCAUUUAUAAAAUUCUUUUGUAUACGGACUUAUCCUGACAUUUCUCCAGUCGUCUUUUUUAAUGUAUUCUCAAGGAAAUAAAUUGUAACAGAGAAUGACCAAA